AGAAGAUCAACUCAGGUCAGCACAAGGGGGCGAGGGUUUCCAGAGGGGCGGAGGGAAAGGCCGCGCCGCGCCCCGCUGGCGAUGGGGGAGGCGGCGAGGCGGACGCUGCUGCUGGUCAACCUGGCGUCCAUCAUGGAGCGCGCCGACGAGGCGCUGCUCCCGGCGGUGUACCGGGAGGUCGGGGAGGCGCUGCACGCCACGCCCGCCGGGCUUGGCGCCCUCACGCUGUGCCGCUCCUCCGUGCAGGCCGCCUGCUACCCGCUCGCCGCGUACGCCGCCGUCCGCUACGACCGCACCCGCGUCGUCGCGCUGGGGGCCUUCCUCUGGGCGGCCGCCACCUUCCUCGUCGCCGUCUCCGACAACUUCGCGCAGGUAGCUGUAGCAAGAGGAAUGAAUGGUAUUGGGCUAGCACUUGUAACCCCUGCUAUUCAAUCUUUGGUGGCAGACUAUAGUGAUGACAAUUCGCGGGGAUCAGCAUUUGGAUGGCUACAGCUUACUGGAAAUUUUGGAUCUCUAAUUGGAGGGUUGUUCUCCAUCAUGCUAGCAUCAACUACAUUCAUGGGUAUUGCUGGUUGGCGCAUUGCAUUUCAUGUUGUUGCUCUCAUCAGUGUCGCGGUUGGUAUAUUGGUUCGCCUAUUUGCAGUAGAUCCUCAUCAUGUCAAUUUUGGAAACAAAAAGCAGCAUGUCCGCAAGUCUGCUUGGAGAGAAGUAAAGGAUUUGGUGAUGGAAGCUAAGGCUGUUGUCGGAAUACCAUCAUUUCAAAUCAUUGUAGCACAGGGCAUUACAGGUUCAUUUCCAUGGUCUGCCUUAUCAUUUGCUCCAAUGUGGCUGGAGUUGAUGGGCUUUUCACACAAGGGAACUGGAAUUCUCAUGAUCACAGCUGCAGUAGCAAGCUCGCUUGGAGGACUGUUUGGUGGGAAAAUGGGGGAUUAUCUUGCUAACCUCUAUCCCAAUUUUGGUAGAAUAGUCAUAUCUCAGAUAAGCUCUGCUUCUGCGAUUCCACUUGCGGCUCUUUUACUACUAGGCUUGCCUGAAGACCCGUCUACCGGUUUCUUGCAUGGUUCUGUCAUGUUCAUUGUAGGAUUUUUCAUCUCCUGGAAUGCUCCUGCUACUAACAACCCUAUAUUUGCAGAGAUCGUUCCCGAGAGAUCAAGGACAAGUAUUUAUGCGCUCGAUCGUUCCUUCGAAUCUUUGUUUGCAUCAUUGGCUCCACCAGUUGUUGGGUAUCUAGCAGAGCAUGCAUACGGCUACAACUCAAUCACUUACGGAGUUGGCGUAACCGGUGUUGACAGCGACAAGGAAAAUGCUGCUGCCCUAGCCAAGGCUCUUUACACAGCAAUAGCCAUCCCGAUGCUACUCUGCUGCUUCAUCUACUCCCUGUUGUACAAAACAUAUCCUCGAGACAGGGAGAGGGCAAGAAUGGAUGUGCUGAUAACGUCAGAGCUGCAGCAGAUUGAACUGGAAAGAUCCCAGAGGGCCAGUGAUUAUUACAAUGGGGAAGGCGUGUCGGUGAUUGACAUCGAGUAUGGGGAGGAAGAGUUGGAUGCUGAAGAUGAUGAGAAAACAUUAAUGAGCUACGGAAUUGAACAAAGUGCGGCUGGCCAGAUGACCAAGACGUGAGACUACAUCACUACAGGCAACAAUGUGAUUCAACAGAUCUUCAGGUCUGCUUCAUACUCUACAGGGUAACCAUACCAGCAAUUUUUUUUUCUACAGAAAUCUAUAUCAGCAUUACUUGAUUCUUUAAAGAUGUAUAGCUUCCUCAACAGCUAACAUAUAUAGGACAGAAUGUUGAUUAGUUCGUUUUAGGCAAAAUAUGACUGACCCUACUGAUGAACAAGGUUUUCGUGGGGGCAGAAGGACACUCUAGGUUGAAAAUGGCAUUGGAUCUUUAGUCAUCCUAGUUUUAUUGUCUAUUGUUUUGACCGUUUGAGCCUAUAAUUUGAUGGAAUCGUACACCUGUUUUGUAAAAUUCAUAGUAAAAUUUACUGAUAAGACUUCAGUGUUCAUUAAUUGUUCA